AUGAAAAAUGAGAAGAAGAAAAACUUCGACGCCUCAACUAUCGUUCGGGCUUAUCAGAAAAUCACACUUGAAGAUGCGAUGAAUCUCACAAAAUUGCAGAAAGCCGAGCACAAGAGGAUCUCGGCGCUCCGAGAGCAAGAGCUACGUUUCGGCGAUGCAUAUGUCAAUACAGGCUUCGAGAAAGAUUUAUCACAAAAUGAUAUGACCGUAACACCAGCGCGAAAGCAGCUUGACAAGGCCAUCGCUAGUGGCGAAAGCCUUGACAGCUUGUAUGCGCUGUUCAGUGAGCUUUUGGAUAGAAAACUAAAGGAAUUGAACAUCACCAGGGAGCAGGUGAAAGAGGAGCACGGCGAAGGGGAGGAUAUCCAAGACGAUUAUAUGCGGCAAAUGACCACCGGCAGCAAUGCUGGUUCUUCUCAAAACAUUCGGCAAACGUUAAAUAACGAAGCCCUGCAAUUGAAUAAUCCAUAUCUACGGAAUGGACGACGACAGAGUACUGGUGGAAUGAGGGACCGGAAAAAGACUGACAAAAAUCCCGUGUAA